AUGAAAGCGAAAAAAAUGCGCAUGAAGUACGGCAAGCUGUUUAUUUUGUUCAUGAUUUGCUUUAAUCUGAUCGUGUUCUACUACUCGUGGAAGUACUUCCUCAGCAGUGGCCACUUCCUGGCGGACACGUUCGCACCCAGUGGCCCCGCCAGGUACCCGGCGGGGUCCCCGCUCCGCCCGGCCGAGUCGGCCAAUCCAAUCGCCAGCUACGAAAGCUCGUACCGCAUUGGCGAUCCCGGAGGCGGUACCCUGAACCGAUUGCGGCAGGCACUUGUGCCGACGUUCAGCGAGCAGCUGGCGAGUGGCCGGAUGUCCUCGCAGCACGCCAGUCAACGCGACCGCGUUCAGCUGACCAACGGGUACCUGCGGCGCAGCAUCACGUUCGUGUUUCGCGAUUUCUUCGACUUCGACAACGAUCUGCUCCAGUCGAUCGCCAGCGUCACGAACUUGAUCCCGCACGCGACCGUCUUUGUGAUCGCACCGGAGCUUCCGUAUCCGCCGCUGGACAUCUUCAACGCGGCCCUGCUCUCCGCGGGCGGAACGGGCCGGAACCGGAACCACUCCGGCUCGGGGGCCCCGAACGUGGGCUGGUUCGAAAAGGGUAGCAACGUGCGGUUCUUCAGCCUCGGCUACGACGUCACGAAGUCGCUUCGGGACACGUUUCCCAUCAUGCACGUCACCACGCGGUACGUGCUGUUCAUGCCGGACAGCGUGCGGCUCACCGGGCGAGCGCUCCUGUCGCGGAUGCUGCGCGAAAUCGAUACCCCGUCCGGGGACGAGCUGCUCCUGCAGCAACAUCAGCAUCUGCUGCUGCGCCAAAACGCCAACCAACAGCCGCAGCACCAGCAACAGCAACAGCAGCAGCAGCAGCGGCAGCAGAUGUUCGAUUUGAACCGUAAACCGGAACGGCGCAUCGUGGCGGUGCCGUUCGCCUCGAACCAGAAGGCCAACGCCAACUGUGUCCAGAUGCUGCUCGACCUGCCCAACUGGACGCUCGAAUACGUCACCGGCAACGAGACCGACAGCUGCGAUAUGUUCAAACAGAAGCACGCCAUCCUGGUCGAGACCGAGCUGCUGAAGGAGUUGCCCGACGCACUAUCGGCGCCCUUUCCGGAUAUGUUCUACAUACAGGCCAAGCUGGCGGGCACGAAGAAGAUACUGCUGAACGCACCGUUCCAGGAUGGCAAGAAGCUGUUCACCUCGUACCACACGAAGACGAAACGACGGAACCAGCGCAAGGAGCAGUUCAAAGCCCUCUACCGGCGGCUGCAGGUGAAGAAGGUGAUCCACAAAAACUAUCUGUACGAUAAAUCGAACCGGAGCCCUUCCGGUCCUUUGAUGGCGCCGGGUGGUCCGCUGGCCGGCGGUCGGCGGAAGUACAUCAAGAGCUACGAGCACAACAACCAAACCAUCUCGCUGCUGACGGAGAUUACGUUCUACGGCUGCGAGAAGCAAACGAAGAGCUGCAUCGGACAGGUGCACAACGGUCGGCCGUUCUACCGGUAUCUGGGGCGCCACACGCCGCCCUGCUGCAUGGAGAAGCUGAAGGCCACGUUCCGGCACGUUCGGGACGAGCUCGAAAACGUGGGCAUCCGGUACUGGCUGGACAACUAUGCACUCAAAGACGCCCUGUCGCAGAAGGCCCUGUCGGGCGAUGCGUACGAAAUCGAUCUCAGCAUCAACGGAGACGACAUCCAGCGGUCGGUGGCGCUGCGCAAAGCGCAGACCAAACCGUACACCGACGAGGAGGGCUUCCACUGGCUGAAGGCCACCGACGGGCACUACUUUCGGGUGCAGUUCUCGAAAACGAACGCCAUCGCCGUCAACCUGCUGCCGUUCGAUCUCUCCGGCGAGUUCGUCCGACCGAACGGGUUCUACGGCUGGAAGGCGCGCAAGUUCUCGGUCGAGUUUCUGCACCCAAUGUCGACGGUCCUGUUCCUCGGGAAGCCCAUAAUGUGUCCCAACAAUGUGAUAGAGUACCUGGAAGUGAAAAACGUAAAGUAG